AUGGAAGGUGUGGGUCAACUGUUGAGCUCGGUGGUGCAAUCCCCGGAUGGCCAUUUGCUGUCAUCAUUUCUCUCCAGCCUGGAGGAACAUCAAACUUUUUGGACCGAUCCUCAGAAUGAUUUGGAAGCAGUUUUCUCCAACAUCAGCUCACUGCUCGCCAAUGCAAACUCACGCGACAAAGCACUUAGAGCCCUUUGCGAUCUGCUUCCUAACUGCCCGAAUGACAUCGUGGAAGGAAAGGCACAGCACUACAUCAACAUGUGCGUAAAGGUUUACACCCAAGGAGGAUCCACACAGUCGGUUUCUUUAAGUUUCUUGGUGUUACAAAAGCUUCUGCUCAAAUCGCUGCAUUCUUCGGACAUUCGCAAACUGUUUGUGAGCAAUUUAGUGACAAUGCUGGAGCCUAUUGGUUCUACUCUCAAAAAGCCCGUCGUACCAUCGGUGCUGGCCUUCCUUGCGCUAGCAAUGCAACACUACGCCGGUGUUUGUGGAUCAUUGAAAUCCCGCAUAGAGCAGUUUCUUUACUCACUGGUUGAUACGACCGAUCGGGAAACGGCGGUCAGUGUAGCGGAGUGUUUGCUAUUACUGCAGCAGAUUCGCGGUGGAGGACAGCAUGGAACACUGCACAAAAAAACCUGGGAAGAGUACUACCGAAAGUUGAUUGAUACGGUUCACGAUUUGCUUAACAAAAUAUUUGCCCACACGCCAGAAACCUUCGACGAGGAAACGGAACUGGAGUGCUUCAAGUUUCGGCCGCUAUCAUCACAGGACGAUCCACUGGGCGCAGCUCAGCUGAUCGUUACGCGUACUAACAACUUGAUUCUCUUUCUCCAGCAAGCUAUCAUCGGUGCGUACCCCGUGCCGAAACCAAUCGCCCCGUUCAAGGCACUAAAUCUGAUUCUGCGUGGUCUGUCCGUUACUUGUGGGGCGAUGAAUCAAAACCCCAUCGUCGAAAACAUUGCUUACGGUACAUAUCUUCCGGUAAUCCAGCGAGGAUUGUUGGCAGUGUUCGAUGGGCUAGUGUUAACGCUUGGCAGCCAUAUGUUUAUGUAUGCUGACCUCGUAUGUACGGCUUUUGUAAAAUGUCUCCGUGCUACACAACAUCCUGCAGGCAGGUUGCAUGGCCGAAAGAAGAAUUUUAUACUACUGCGAACCCAGUUAUACCGAAGCAUUGGGUUGUGGUGCGAAACUCUGGGUUACGGAAGUUGCAUAGAAACGGUAAAUGAACCCAUUUUGGAGCAGAUCAUACGGGAUAUAACACCGUACGAAGCAGAAGUGAUGCUCAAAAUCGACGCCGGUAGCCAGAAACGCCUUUCUUCGAAGGCCAAAAGAAAAUUGCAAAAGGAACAGAAUGCGGCGACUGCGUUAAAUCAGGCAUACGCAAGCGGAGGAACAUCUGCGGAAAGCAAGGAACAAUUGGUAGACGCUGGUAAUGAAGCCCUCUGUCAGGGAGCAUUAGUUUGCUUGACCAAUAUUUUACAAUCUGCGGGAUGCUUCAUUAAACCCGUCACCCAUAAAUUGCUACAGGAGAAAAUAGUUCCUUUGUGCUUUUCACUCAUAACCAACCAAGGUCAUCGAUCGAUGGGACUGUACAGAGAACACGAGACACGUAUCGCUUUGCUCCGCACCUUCGCAGCUCUCAUCGUCAAUCCUCACCAUCAUUGUCCUCCGCCGUUGCAGUAUGCUGGAGAGAUAUUUAAGGCUUUUCAAACACAUGACCCGAGUGCGACAGUGCGUUCCUGUGCCAACGAGCUAGCGCGCACGAUGGAACUUAUAAUGCAUCCAUGGAAGGAAACGUUAUAUUUUCCUGCCGAUCAAGCAGCUAUAAAGGAUGCACUAGCCAAUAAGGAGAAACACCCACUGGCGUCCAAGGUGCAAAUGGUCCAGGAACCCUCGAUAGGCCAGCGAGAAGUUAUUGCCACCUGCACGGAGUCAACCAAGAAAAGACCAUUGCCAUCGAAGCAAUCGCCUACCAAGUCGAAUGAUAUCGUAGACGACAGCGAAGGUGAAAUAAACGAAUCGCUUGCAGUAACGGAAACAAGCGAUAUCGAGGGGUCUGAUGUUGACGAAAACGGGAUACAUGAAGAGCCCCAGGGUUGGGUGGAAGAAGUAAGCAUCGUAUCAAAUGAUCAACCCGAAAAGAAUACCGCGGAAGAAGCGCCUGCAGUGCUGAAUGAAAACGAAGGUGUGAUUCACACCACCACUGAUGACGAAAAAAUGUUAGAAUCUUCCGUCGUAACCAUCGAAGACAGCGAUGAGGACCUUAUACCGUUGCAAGAUUCAGACGAUGAUGAUGUGGCCGAAACUCCGCUGAACAGUGGACCGGCAGAAGAGCACUGUGAAAUUAUCGUUGAAACUCCGGUGCGUCAAGACGAGGUAGAAAUCGAAACGGAUCCUAGCUCUCCAAAGAGGGCAAAGCAUUCAGAAACUGAGGAUGGCAAUGAUUCAUCUAAAAGCAUUGACGCUAUUGUCGCUGAAAUGGUAGCCGAAUUCGUUGACGAACCGUAACAA